GUUGUUACCCAGUAAGAUUUUCAAGAUAUGGCUGGUGUCGAAGUUCUCAAGGCCGAGCUGGCAAAGACCCAGAGACUGGGAAAGUUCAUCAAAGCUUGGGACCCCAAAAUUCUGGGCGCCAAGGAUGCCAAUCCUCGUACCGUCACCGACGAACAUAUCCUCUCAGACAUGGAUGUUGCAAUCCCGGUCAGAGAUGGAACCAUUCUGCGCGGCAACAUCUACCGGCCUCGUCACCUUGAAGGCCAGAAGCUUCCCGUGAUCUUCAACUACAGCGUCUAUAGCAAAGACGGCGCUACCGAAAUUGCAGUUUUCCCACCUAGUGCAGGGUUGGACAAAGCUCGAAUCACUAAAGACUACGAGUUCGAAGCAGCGGAUCCGGGAUGGUGGUGUCCUCGCGGGUACAUCGUUGUCAGCAUAGACGCCAGAGGCUGUUUCCAGUCUGAAGGUGACAAGAGUUACUAUUCUCGAGAUGUUGGAAUUGAUG